AUGAAAGCAGUGGAACAGCCAAAAGUGAAGGCGCCUGACAGCAACAGCCGCUGGGAAAGCCGGCUGCCUAUAUUUGUGAUAGGGCUGAAGCACCGGGAAGAGGAGCGCCUCGCAAAGUUUCUGUUGAAGCUGCGCUGGUACCAGGACUUGCAUGUGGUGGAUGCCGUGGAUGGGCGCACAGUGGAGCCCACUGAAAAGAUGACCAGCGGGGAGAUUGGCUGUUUUGAGUCCCAUCGCAAGGCGUGGAAGAGGGUGGUGGAUGAGGAGGUGAGGCAGGCCAUCAUCAUGGAGGAUGAUGCGGACGUGGACCUGUCCCUGCACAUGAAGAAGGUUGCAGCGUUCGUAGCGGAGGCACCGUCCGACUGGCAGGUUCUCUACCUGGGCAUCAACAAUGACAAGGACAUCCGCAAUGUGACGGCGACAGUGGCAGAGCCGGUGCACUACAUAAUGGGCACGCAUGCCUACGUAAUAAAAAUGAGCGUGGCGGCACGGUUGCAUGCGCUGAGCGAGAAGCCCCCGUACAAGGAUGUCUACAAGCCGGUGGACAUGUGGCUGACGGAGCAGGGGCUGAAGAUCUAUGUCAUCAAUCCGCCGCUGGUCAAGCAGCGCAACUUUGGCGACACCGACACUCAGGGCAUCCGCGUGAAGACCCUCAACGCCACCCGCCUGCUCCUCUGA